AGCGUGCCCUGCGUGCGGGUGCCCGCUGAGCCCGCCGGGCGCUGGAUCCCCGAGUGCCCAGGCUGGGGCCUGAGGAGCGGGCACCGGGCCGGGGCAGCGAGUGGCGAGCGGCGCAAGCGGCGGCGGCGCCGGAGGGGACGAGGACCGCGGGCGGGUUUUGGAAGUGGCGAUCUCACCUGCCCAGCACUAGCGGACGAACCUACUCUGUAGUGAGGGACUGCUUUUUGGCCUUCAGCUGUUACACAUGAGAUCUGUGCGAAGACAGGGCUUACGUCUAGACUGCCACCUGUUCUCGUUUUGUGCAUGGACCAUGUAAUGGAAGGUUGAGCGUAGCAGUCACACCACAUUUAGAUGUGUUGUUGGGGGCUUAUUGGAGAGGGAGCUACAUUCCUAGGAAGUCUAGAAAAUGAUAACAUUCUUAAUUAGGGUUACAGCAGGUCUCUCUUGUUAAAAUAAUCUUACUGUCAACGUUAAAGCUGGUGAGAAGUUGCCCAGAAGCACCUCCUGCUCCAGAUGCAGGUUCAGGCUCCAAACAGCUGUUGAAGCUGUCACCACCUCUCACCCAGCCCUUCCCCUGCUCCCGUGUAAGACACUCCUGGCAGAGGUGCCUCCCAGCCUGUUUUGGCCCUUCCCCUGGUUUCUUCUUCACCCCUCCCGUGGCCUCAGGACCUAACGGUGCCAGAAGCUGGCCCCAGCUGUUGAUAUGCACAGGCAGGCACCUCUGCUCCUGCCCCCAGAGGACUUCAGCGCACAUUUCAGUAAAUGCUGUAGAACUUCCUUAUGGGAAUUAGUGGGUUUCCUUGUUAAUUUAAUUCCCUAGUUAGUCACCAAGUAUUUCUUUGGGACCUGUGGGAUCAGCCCAUGAAAUUCUGGGUUACGUUACUACCUACUUUCUCCUUGAAAGGCUCUGACACAAACAGUUGCACAAGUAUUUUUUCUUUUUCCGAGGCAACCGUUCUGUUUUCAUUUUCAUCAGAAAUGCCUUAAGCAUACUUCCAUUUCAUCACACAGAAUAUUAAGAAAAUGUGUACUUGAGGGUUGAAGUUUAAUAAAAUCCACCGUUUUUAUUGCUGCAUCUUCUAGAGAUCCCUGUGAAUCAUUGAUUAUGGUGAAGGAGUGCACGGUAGCUCAUCUGCAUUCACACAAGCCAUUUCAUCACUGUUCCUGCAUCCUCCAGCCCCGCAGGUGUGACUGGGGAGGCCUGGGGAAGGCAAGGCCACUGGACAGGUCCUUCAGUGAUGUGCCCUUUGGCCACUUAGAAUGCGCUGGAGUGACCAUUCGAAGCUAAGGAACCAGCAGUUUCAGUAGUGAAAAGGAGUCUGGCUGUGAACCAGUCUUUAUAAGUUUGAAGCUCCCUUUUCUGUUUGGAGCAGAUGGCUCCUCCCAUGGGGCUUUUGGUUAUGCAUGACCACUGCCGGAUGUCACUGAGAGGUUUCAGAGGGCCUCAGUCACUGCAGCUACUUCAGACUUUCUGAACCAACGCAGUUUGCAACUGUUUAAAUGACUAAUACUUUAAAGUUACACACACUUUAACCAACAGACGCAAAGCGAUGUGUUUACUUCAUCCCACUUUCCAGAAAAUACACUUUUAUAACCAGUUGAACUUGUUACUUAAAAAUUCAAGUUAUAUUUUUUUCCAACACACAAUUCAAGCCAUUAUUUUAUGAUAGUUUGUUUACAUUACCAAUCCUACUAAUGAUUUUUAAAAUCAUUGCUGGCGGUAAGUUUCCUUUCAUAAAUGCACCAGCCCAACGAGAGACUUUCAAGGCAUGGCUAUUAUAUUCAGCUUUUCCACUAUUGAAAUGACCAUUUCCAUUUAUUCUGGCUCCAGUAUUGUAAGAUGAUAUAUAGACUGAAGUUGAGAAUUAUUUAUUUUUGAGGAAAAAAUUAAAAGUGCGAUUACUUCGCACUCCAGUCCUUAGUAAAGUGUGCCACCGAAACGCACUGAUGUUAAGUGCAUUUUCCUGGUUUUGCUUGUGCUCAGAGGUAAUUUGAAAGGUGACGUUGCCCAUCCCUAGCAGUGUGGUUUGUUUGCAGGGUAGGCAUGAGUUUCUAGACUGUUCCAUACUCAGCCCUGUACACACAAGCCUAUUUUAUAACUUUGAAGAUGGGCUAUGUCUAAUAUAGUGGAAAUUCAUCCAUUCAGUAUUAAGUACAGACGAAACACAUUUCAAAGCCACAUAUAAAAGUCUUUUUAAUUAUCCAUUUUUUAAGGUUUUUCGUAUGACUGCUUUCCUCCUUUCAUGUGAAUUGCUGAAAAUCCUUUCUAGUUCAUUAAAUCACUAAAAUUCUCUACUGGUGUUAUAAAUAAAUAUGCCAGACCCUGAAAUGAGACUAGUUGAUAAAGGCAGCUUUGUCCUGGUAACUGAGCCUUGCUCUUCAUUAAUCCACACUUCUGAGUACGUGACUGUCUAUAUUACAUGAAGUUUUAGACUUCUAAUGAAGCAAAGCCUUGCUCUGAGUACAUGUGGAGACUUGCUUUAAGUCGAGCUUUAGUAUUUUCAGUUGCACUAGCUGCAAGAUGAAUGUGAUGUGAUAAAACCGCAUUUGUGCUUAGACAUGUUCAGGAGAGCCUCAGGGCACAUUUAACAGCUGUCUGGGUUCUCUACCACUGUACCUUGUGUAAACCUGCAUCUCAGACAGCUGGAAACCUCACAGCCCUGGGUCUCAGACCAUUUAGCACAGGACCAGUUGCACUCCAAAUGGACUUGGAAGUGCUGAGGUUGAUCCUUCCUGUUAUGUGAUGGUUGAAAGCCAGGUGUGACACUCUUAGCUCUUGUUGGGAGGUCUAGAGAUGCUGCUCAGAGAACUCAUCUCAUCAGACCACCUAAGCCGAGAUGGGAUGUGAGAGAGUGCGGCACCGACACUGAGAGUCUGGAAGCACCGGGAAGUCCUCCCUGUUGAGGUGUCUGGACUGCAUUAUGAAGGGUGGAUAGACUCUGACAGAGACGGUAAAGAACAGGUCCAAGAAGAGCUCAAAGAACACAAACCCCAGCAGUGGCAGCGGCAGCGGCGGCAGCAGCAGCAGCAGCAGCAGCAGCAGCAGCAGCAGCAGCAGCAGCAGCAAGUUGCCCCCGGUUUGCUAUGAGAUAAUCACCUUGAAGACUAAAAAGAAGAAGAAGAUGGCUGCUGACAUAUUCCCCCGUAAAAAACCAGCCACCUCCGGCAGCACCACGGUCCAGCAGUACCACCAGCAGAACCUCAGCAACAACAACCUUAUUCCGGCCCCGAACUGGCAGGGUCUUUAUCCCACCAUCAGAGAGCGAAAUGCGGUGAUGUUCAAUAAUGAUUUGAUGGCAGAUGUCCAUUUUGUGGUUGGGCCACCAGGUGGGACUCAGCGGUUGCCAGGACACAAAUAUGUUUUAGCUGUUGGGAGCUCUGUGUUCCAUGCAAUGUUUUACGGAGAACUUGCUGAGGACAAAGAUGAAAUCCGUAUACCAGAUGUCGACCCUGCUGCUUUUCUCGCGAUGCUGAAAUAUAUCUAUUGUGACGAAAUUGACUUGGCUGCUGACACAGUGUUGGCCACUCUUUAUGCUGCCAAAAAGUACAUCGUCCCUCACCUCGCCAGGGCCUGCGUCAAUUUCCUGGAGACCAGCCUGAGCGCCAAGAACGCCUGUGUCCUCCUCUCCCAGAGCUGCCUGUUCGAGGAGCCAGACCUGACCCAGCGUUGCUGGGAGGUGAUCGACGCCCAGGCCGAGCUAGCCCUUAAGUCCGAGGGGUUCUGCGACAUCGACUUCCAGACACUGGAAAGCAUCCUCCGCAGGGAAACUCUGAACGCCAAAGAGAUUGUGGUUUUUGAGGCAGCUCUCAACUGGGCCGAGGUGGAGUGCCAGCGGCAAGACCUAGCCUCGAGCAUUGAAAAUAAACGCAAGGUCCUCGGGAAGGCGCUUUACUUGAUCCGCAUCCCGACCAUGGCCCUGGACGACUUUGCCAACGGCGCCGCGCAGUCCGGGGUGCUGACUCUCAACGAGACCAACGACAUCUUCCUCUGGUACACCGCAGCCAAGAAGCCCGAGCUGCAGUUCGUCAGCAAAGCCCGCAAGGGCCUGGUCCCCCAGCGCUGUCACCGCUUCCAGUCGUGCGCCUACCGCAGCAACCAGUGGCGCUACCGGGGCCGCUGCGACAGCAUCCAGUUCGCCGUGGACAAGAGGGUGUUCAUCGCCGGCUUCGGGCUGUACGGCUCCAGCUGCGGCUCGGCCGAGUACAGCGCCAAGAUCGAACUCAAGCGGCAGGGUGUCGUCCUGGGGCAGAACUUGAGCAAGUACUUCUCGGACGGCUCCAGCAACACCUUCCCCGUGUGGUUUGAGUACCCAGUGCAGAUCGAGCCGGACACCUUCUACACGGCCAGCGUGAUACUGGACGGCAACGAACUCAGCUACUUUGGUCAGGAGGGCAUGACGGAGGUUCAGUGUGGCAAGGUCACCGUCCAGUUUCAGUGCUCCUCGGACAGCACCAACGGCACGGGGGUGCAGGGCGGGCAGAUCCCCGAACUCAUCUUCUACGCUUGAAGACACGUUCCGAAGUGGCCUGGGCUCUGUGGUCGCAUUGGGCCCCCUGCCUGCUCGAUGCUUAGCGCGGCUGCAGGUGUGUGAUCAGCACAGGUGAUUUAUAAUGAAUGGAGCUGCAGGCAGUUUCUAGUUUCUUUCAGCCUUUUGAUUAUGUACAAGCAAAAACGCAGCAUUCAGCUUUCAACUCUGUGCCUGAAAAAGCCAAGUUCUUAUCAAGGCUUGUGGGCUCUAGAGUGGCAUCCAUACAUAUCUGGGGAGAUUUUGUGUUUUUUUCCAAUUUUUCCGACUGCCCCACUGACUUCCCAGUUUUGUUCCUCUUAAGAGAAUUUUUGGAUCACCUCAGUCCUUUUGGACUUUAUUUUGACAAAUAGAAGUAAAUAGUCUAAAAUAAUAAUAACAGGAAUUAUUUUUAAACAGAACCCCUCCCUCCCCCCAAAACAGAUAAACCUCAGUGUACAAUUUUGAAAAAGUUUUGCUUGAUAAGUAAUAAUUUAGAAAGUAGACAGUAGUCAUGUUUACCUUCCUAUUUUAUUUCCUUUUAAAAAUUUUACUUUUAAGCAUUGCUGUUUCUUAAAUCUGAAAUUCACAAAAUUGUUAAAUUUUAAACUCCGAAGUGUAAAUGUAAAGUAAGCAAGUAAGAAAUUGGAAGUUUUAGGCCAUGACUUUUGCUACAAGCAGGUUUAUGUUUUAGUCCAGAAAACAAAAUAUUGCAGUACAGAGACAUCUUUUUAGUAGUAACUAAAUUACAAAAUUUUGUCAUCAUUAGAAAAAAGUUGAGGCCUAUUAACUUAAACUAACACAGUUUAAAAAGGAAGCCUAAAAGAAUCCCAUACUACAAGUGCAGAUCAGAACACACAGUUUGAAAAAGUCAAACUCUUUUCUCCCCACUUAGCUUAUGAUCCCUGCCAUUUGCUGGUUUUCAAAAGUUGUACUGUAUAGACUCCCUAUUCCCUUUUUCCUAUGAAAAGAGGACCAAACGAUUCUUUAGAUGAAUGGAAUAGCAAUUAGUUUUGUAGCACCACAUGUUAAUAUAGUAAGACACUUUUAUUCAUUGAUUUUUUUUUAAAUCUGAAAUAUACUUUACCUGAUCUACUUUGACCACAUUCUAUCUUCUUAGUUAAUUAUAAUUCUGUCCUGUUCCUCGACUGCUAGAAUCUGGCCUCUGGCCAUCUUAAAGUGCCAAUAUAUGCCUGCAGGGUUUUACAAAAAUGGUCUGGAGCUUUGAUGAUACGUAAUAUUCACUGCAUCAGCAUCACAUCCAGCACUCUUAUUUGUCCAUAGUUAUAAUGUAAACAAAGGAGGGAAAAGAUCAUCAAAAAUUCUCCAGUGAAGGCUUGUUCUGGUUUAGUGCCCGAGACCCUGGUAGUGUCCGCUGUGUUCACUCCCAGCUGAAGUAUCCAUGUGUUUCUGGGCAGCUUUUCUGCUCAGCGUGAUCCUGAGAUGGCUUCCCCGCCACCCAGAGUGUGGUCCCUGGCCACCUCCUUCUCCUGCUCUGUGAGCCCGAAGCUGGCUUGUGUGGAGCAGGUGUUAGUCCUGGGGUGGGUGUGUGCGUGGGGGCCCGCGCGCCUGCGCGUGCGUGCCGGCUCGGGAAUUGUCUCUUCCCUGCCUGGCCAGUGAGGGGUGGGACAGAAACGGUCCCCCUGCUGGCCCCAGCGAGGCCCCAGUGAGUGACUGCCUGUGCUUCUGUAGACGUGGGCUUGUUGCGUUGGCCGGCUUCCCUGAUGGAGGAGAACACUGGGUUACAGGAAAUGUUUUAAUCAUCUUUGCCAUCACCUGUGUCUGUUAGCACAGAGGGUCAAAAGCUGUGACUGGUGAUGAUGGACAAGUAAGUCCCGCCAGGACAACUUCCCAAGAUUAUCUAACAGUUAUUUCGCAUUAGCAAGAUGACAGGUAGUAGUUUUGGCAAGCCGUCUAUGAAACAAGGAAACAUUUUCAAUUUAAAAAAUACGAAGGGUUUUUAUUUAUAAAUUACGGUUAAACAUUUCAGUAACUCAUAGCUACCUUGCAGAAUGGUAGACUGUGUACCGGAUUGGAAGGCACUCAUUUUUAAGCCAGCGGAGAAGAAACUUUAUGUAGCACUCAUUUCAUCACAUCAGGUUGUUGAGGUGGGUGUGAUACCCUUAGAGUGAAGAUUGUCCCUUCAGAAACACUGUCAGUGGUCCUGGUAACGGGCUGCCCUCCACGGGGCCCGGGAACCGCCAGGUGAGGCCACGAGAGAUUGUACACUGGGUGUAGAAGAACUUAAUUUUAAAUUAAUUACUGUCACUUUGAAAAGAAAAAAA